AUGUUCCGCCUCGCGGCAACCGCGCUGGUCAGUACCGCUCUGACCAGCGUUGUGGCUCAGUUCCCAGCGAACGAGCACAUUCCCGUAGAUGUGGACCCGCUCACUAUGCCAGACAACUCCCUCUACCUGCGCUGGCGUCCUCAGCACCACGUUCUGGCUCCGGCUGGACACAUGAACGACCCCUGCGGACCUAUGUAUGACCCUACCGAAGAUGUGUACCACGUUUUCUACCAGGCAUUCCCUCAGCACAUCAACGGAGGUAACAAGACUUGGGGUCACGCCAAGUCAAAGGACAUGGUCUCCUGGGUCGAUGUCGGUGGAUGGGAGAACCGUAGCUUCGUCGCUGUCGACGUAAGCCCUUACUCCGUGCCAUCAUACGACUGGUUGGGUGUCUUCUCUGGAGGAGCUUACCCUGUCAACCUUCACGGCGAGCAGGACGGUAACCUUACUCUGAUGUACACUGGAAAUGUUAUUGUUCCGGACAACUGGAAGGUCCCAUACGUUCUUGGACCGGCCACUGGUACUCCUCACGCUACUGAACAGCAGGCUAUUGCGACUAGCUCUGAUGGAGGCCAGACUUGGCAGAAGUGGGAGGGUAACCCGUGGUUGAACGGACAGCCCGGUGACUGGAACGUCACAGGUCUGCGUGACCCUGUCUUUGCGCCUAAUCCAGCAUUGGACAAGAUUUUGGAGAAGGAUGAGCCUCACUACUACCUCGUCAUGGGCAGCGGAAUUCGUGGCGUUGGACCAAGAAUCCCCAUGUGGUCUGCCAAGGCUACUGACCUCACCCAAUGGCAAUUCGAGGCUGCUCUCUUUGAGCCCGGAUUUGACUUCACUUUCGGAGGCGACCGCCGCAAGACUGGAAGCUAUGGAGGAAACUUCGAAGUCGCUUCAUUCUGGAACGAGGUCGAAAAGAAGGAGCACGGCGGUGAUGGUGUUACUGAGCACUGGAUCGUCUGCCUUGGAUCCGAGGGCUUUACUGACCAGUGGCAUCCGUUCGACAAGUACUCACUUUUCGUCAUGGGUGACAUGGCCCAGCGUCUCAAUGGUUCCGCAAGGCUCGACAUCAAGGCCUCUGGUGUACUCGACUGGGGCAACUCUUACGCACUCAACACCUUCUACGACUCGAAGAACGACCGUCGCGUGGUUUGGGGCUGGUCUCAGGAGGACUUCCAAAACAAAGUCGGUUGGGCACAAGGUUUCGUCAGCACUCUGACUAUCCCUCAGGAGCUUUUCGUUCUGAAGCACUUGAACGUUCUUCCUCCAAAGGGAGGCAUCACCGAGGGUGCCUUCAUCUGGUCCAAGAAGUCCUACGCUGAUGUAUACGAAGUCACUACCCUUGGUCAACGCCCACUUCAGGAUGUCGUCGAGGGCAUUCAGGGAAUCAUCCAGCCAUGCCACACCAAGCCCAUCACUGUCGAAAGCUACUCCAACCUCCCAACAGUCAACAGCUCUACCUUCCACCUGCAAGCCACUGUCACCAAGCUUCCACCUGCCGUGGAAGGAAACUGGGUCGGUCUUGAGAUCCGUUCCAGCCCAGGCCACGAGGAGUCCUCCACCAUCAAGURCUUCCCAUUCGACAACACCGUCCUCUUCGACCGCGCCAACUCCUCUCUUCUUCCAUACACCGGCAAAGCAGAGUUCAAGGGAUACUUCGAGCCGUUUGAGUACGCCGACGGAUCCACCGAGCAAAUCACCUUUGACGUUUUCGUCGAUGGUGCACUCGUCGAGAUCUUCAUCAACAACCGUUUCGCCAUGACCAACAAGAUCUACCCAAGCAGAGCCGAUGCUCUCGGCGCUGGACUUUCCAGCAACGGAGGAGCUACCUUCAACAACGUCAACUUCUGGGAGUUGGAGACCCCCGCCUGGCCUGAACGCCCACUCAACGCCAGCACCACCCUGCUCGUUGAUGAGUACUACCAGAACCACGUCACUUUCGAGAACCCUUACGUUCCCCUCAACUAUCAAAUCUAUGACGGAAACUAA